CUUACCUCAACAAAAAAUCCCUCCAACCUUUGUACCUACUUAAAGUCUGUCCUGAUCGCAAACAUAUUCCCCAGCUUCGCUUGUGUCUGACUAGUAACGCACCACAGAAACACAGCUCGCACCAUGUUGCCCGGCGCUCCCGCUAUCAUGAAAUCCGCUUCCCAGGCGCUGACUCGGGCGGCGCGGCCCCUCCUGGUCCCCCGGGCUCGCGCGCUGGGUCUAGCGGCCCCCGAGCUCGUCCAGUCCGACAACCUCCCCAAGUACAACGCGGCGAAGCUGGCCGGGCGCCCGUUCAUGCCGGGCUCCGAGUCCAAGGGCCUCCCCGCCACCCUGAACCCCAUCCGCGUGGACUUCCCGGCCGUGUUCCACCCCAAGGCGCCGGGCGACGCUGACAGACUGCCGCUGGAGGAGUGGGGCGCGAUGGUGAGGGAGAUCGUGGACAGGGAGCUGCCCAACACAGGUGUGCUGCUGUUCCGCGGCUUGCCUAUCCGGACCCGCGAGGACUACGCUCGGCUGUUCGACGGGACAGGCCUGGCGCCCAGGGACUAUGUCGGACACGCGGGGAGGAGGGAGCAGUUGGACACGAACGUGUACUCCUCUAACGACGACCCGCUGGAGUACACCAUCGACAUCCACACCGAGCUGUCCUUCAUGCCGGCACCGCCGCAAAAGGUGAUCUUCUGCUGCAUCAAGUCUCCGGGCGAACAUGGCGGCGGAGAGACGCCCGUCACGGACAUGCGCGGUGUGAUGCGCGACCUGGACUCCUCCCUGCUGGACCGUGUGCGCACGCGCCAGAUCCGGUACGUGCGCAACAUCCCCGACAAGUCCCGCAGCAGCUGGAACUGGCAGUCCAACAUGCACACCGGGGACCGCGAGGAGGUGGAGCGGUUCCUGACCGGCAAGGGUUUCUCCUACCGCUGGAACGCCGACGACUCGCUGUCCUACUGGUUCAGCACGGACGGGCUGUGCGAGCACCCCGGCAGCGGGGAGACCUACUGGUUCAACCAGAUGACCGAACACAACGGAUCCUGCUUCAAGGUCCACCCCGAGUUCAUGAACGAGACCAAGGACAUCUCGCAGUUCCCCAAACACACCUCGUACGGGGACGGUGAGGAGUUCUCGGCGGAGGACCUGGCGCACGUGCGGGAGGUGCAGUGGAAGAACUCGUACGGCUUCCACUGGCGGGUGGGAGACGUGCUGGUCAUGGACAACUUCAUGGUGGGACACGGCCGCAUGGGCUGCAACCCCGGCGUCACGGAGAGGAAGAUCAUCGCCAGCAUCACCAAGAACUGAGCGGACUGACUCAUAGCAAACCAUGAACCUGAACAUUUCGGCCAUAUAUAUAGGUAUAUAGUAGAGGGGAUUCAUCUCGCACACGCAGUCGUCCUAGCCUCCAUAGCAUGCCAAAAAACUGGGGGGGGGGCGUCUUCAUGGUCGUUGGGAGCUUUUAUGUGUUAUUUUCUGUUUGCAUAUAGACAACAUAGCCGGCCUGGUUGAAUUACCCCCGUUUUUUGAACUGGGAUAGUAAGAAAACAGCAGAAGACCUCCAAACCCCAGUUCUAUAAGCCUGCUACGAAUGUUACAGUCGUCCCUCAGUAAGACAUCUGGAGCCACAAAGUUCCCGUUCAGAACUUUUAUUCAGCCUGUCACAUAUGCCUCCACUGAGGGACGACUGCGUGUGCGAGAUGUCGGUUAGUUUGAGGAAUGAAUUCCCUCUACUAUAAACUGAACAUUUCGGCUAUUUCGGAAAGCCAAGAGUUGUCAACAUUGAUAUUAUCAUUUUUUGUCACCAAGAAAUUAUUAUCUGCUGUUUUCGCAUGGCUUGUGUAUAUUACCCGAUGAUCAAAAUCAUCAAGGACGUAGCAGCUUAUUCGGCAAACUAGAAACUGAACAUCACAACCUUAAAACACAGACAUUCUUUUGGUAUAAUUUUUCCUUACCAAUGUAGUCAGCUUCGCCAAGUAGCUCGGAGACACGAACUGUAAAUAAGUGUAUUCAGUGCAAUUCUAACAGUGUCGGAUGAGCGAGCAGUACGGACCAAAAAGGAUUAAGGUAGGGUGAAUCGUUGGAGAAGUUUUUUUGUUCAGUUUAACAGUUUGUCAUUUUUUCCUCGGACGUUCUUGUUUUAACUUGUACUCGUUUAGAAAUGUCUUCUAGAUAGCGUUCCCAAGACAACCCUGCUCUGAUCAUUCCAUGAUUAUUUGCAUGUUGUACAGUUUAUAGUUUCUAGCUUAGUUUUUCUCCUCGUUUUUGUCACCACAUGCAGUGUAGCGUGUGACGAAACGUUACAAACUUGUAUGAAAUAUUCCGAGCACGAAAUGUGAAGCUGUGAGGUUACCGGACAUUUUCUGUACUACAAAUGUAUUAGAAAUAGCGUUAUAUAUACAUGUAUAAUGUUAUAGGCUUAAAUAACAAUUAUGAUUACUGGUAGAUAGGUUAUUUAAUCUAGUCUAUGAUAUGCUGUAUCGAAAUGUCGUAUAUGCUCGUAUAGAAAUGUCAAGCAGCUAACUUAAGACUUCCUUCUAUAUUUUAUAAGCAUUACACUAGUACUCGCGCGAUGUAGUCGCUUCAUGUCAAUAAGAAUGUAAGAUAUUACGAAAACAAUAUAAAUUUAAAUUGUGA